AUGGCUGUUUCCAGGCCAGUUAUCAGUUCUUCUUUGACCCAGGAGGCGGGGGGAGACUUGACACGGGCCGUCUGGACCCUUGCCGACGACGCCUUCGGGCUCAAGUUGAAGAUGCGCAUGUACAUUCCAGAAUGCCACAUAAAAGAAUUUUAUGAGGACGACGAGAGACCGUAUAUGGUUCGGGACCAUGACUGGGUAAACCAGUGGCUAUCAGAUGAGGAGAUUUCAUACAUGAUCUUUGAUGCCUUGACGAAGGGAUGGGACGAUGUGUUGGUGAAGGCACACGUUGCCGUUACUGGUGGAAACGUACAGGCGUCAGAGCCAGAGCCUGCUGCUCGUGAUCUACGAGAAGACGACAAUUAUGACGACUGA